CAUGUAAAUGGACCGAAGGGUGGCGCCGCUUCGGCUUAAACUGCUACAAGAAGAUGGAGACCCCCAACGGUUGGCUGGGGGCUCGUUACGACUGCCUCUGGGAGGGCGGCGACCUGGUCUCCAUCACCUCGUCAUACGAGGAAAGCUUUGUGAAGGAGCAAAUGGGCGACAAGCCGUUUUGGAUCGGACUCUCCAAUCUGAACUGCGACAUGGCCUGGUGUCAGUCUUUUGAAGCAGGAGAAAAAAGACUGUCUUUGUCCGACACCGGUGUGACGCCGACCUACGCCAACUGGGACUCGCGUCAAGAUAGAAGCUCCGACCAUGAAUCCUGCGCGUACGUCAACCAAGGUGUGCACGUAGACAGUCAGCCUGGAAAGUGGAGACAUGGCUCGUGCGGAUCCUCAUUGGCGUACAUGUGCGAGCGGCCGCUCGACGCCUGCCCAGACGGACGACUGUGUUCCUACAAAGACUAUGGAAUCGGCUACAAUCGAGUGGAGACUUCCUACUGCGACACUGGCGACUUCCUGUACAGGGACUCUUGCUAUCACUUUGAGGGGAUGAAGCGAACUUGGGAGGCAGCCGAGAGGUUCUGCGAAGAAUGGAACGGUGGUCACCUGGCCAGCGUCCUCUCAUGGGAUGAGGGCCAAUUCUUGGCUGCUCACGCACCAUAUGCAGGAGGAGUGCAAUCUUGGGUGGGACUCAAGAAGAACAAGGACAACUUUGAGUGGAGCGACGCAACACCCACGGGCAACAUUGCAUGGGUGCGAAACCGGCCAACAGGACGUGGUGAUUGCUGUGCGCUAUCGCCAACUGGACAAGUUGCGGACUGGCCCUGCACCAAUAUUCGGUCAUUCAUCUGUAAAAAAGCCAAGGUCCAAGAGUUUCUUCUUCCUCCGCCGGCAGGCUGGAGUGCAAAGUGCGGCUGGUGGCCGGACCGAUCCUCCUCCGACUUCUGCUAUUUGAUUCAACGCAGGCCCACCAAGACCUGGAAGGAGGCGCGAGACGACUGCCUCCGCCGCGGAGGCGAUCUGCUCAGCAUCACCAACUCACAUGAACAGGCCUUCAUACAAAGUCUGUACACUUUUCUGCCGAGCUCUCCCUCUCUGUGGUUGGGCGUCAACAACAACAUCACGAAAGACGGCAGCGAGUGGACUGACGGAUCCCCGUUCGGUUACGUGCUCAUGGACGGAGAUGACCCCGGUGACCUCUCUGGUGCACCCUGUCUUUCCUUACUCACAAGCAACGGUCGCUGGAAGUUUGACGAUUGCCGGAAGAAGACAGGCUACAUCUGCAAGAAAAGAGGAAACACGCCAAAACCUCCGCAGCCUCAUGACGGCUUUAAGGAGAUCCUUGUCUGCGACAACCAUUCUGCUGACCUCGUAUGUGAGAGUGAGGGUGAGGGUCAGAAGCAAGGCCGCAUCAGCAUCCAGUCCGCCUUUUACGGUCGGCGGAGUGACGAUGUUUGCUUGGUGGACAGCGACUCAUACGACGACGAGUACUGCGGAGUGGAAGGCAUCCUCUCUUACUACAGGAAAAUGUGCAACGGCCACCAAAAAUGCCACGUUGAGCUUUUGGAGGACGAUUCCUGCCCUGCCCCCUCCAAAUAUCUGGAGAUGGUCUAUAGCUGCGAACACAAAGGUGGGCUUUACGUCUCGUGAUCUUCUGCUCUGCAAUCCCAAGAAACAAUGCAAGGAGUCCCACGAGGGGACAGA